GCUUCGUCGUCACAGUAAAUCCAAGAACCCGAAAGCUAUCCCCAGCGGCCUCUUGCCCCGCCGCCUCUCAACCCGUGGACUUUCAAACCUGAUCCUCUAUUACCCUGUCAGUAGCCCAUUAUGUCGUCAACUUCAGCAUCCGCGGCCAGUGCCAACUUGCUCGUCUCCAGUCAAGCUUCAGGGCUCCAAGCCGUCCUCCACCCACUCGUCCUUCUGAGCAUUUCCGACUACAUCACACGGCACACCCUUCGGGAACAUGAGUGGCCCAUCGUCGGAGGUCUUAUGGGCCAGUACAACGGGAGAGAAGUCUCCAUCGAGCAUGCUUUCGAGUGCGAUCUUUCCGCUGCGCCCGACAGGCCGUACCACUACCGGUUAGGUCUGGCAGGGGUGACGACACGGAUAGCACAAUUGAAAAUGGUACACAAGGACCGAAACCUCGACUUCGUAGGCUGGUAUACCUUGCUCCCGACGACCGGACCGACCCCCGAGCUCACAGCCAUCCACAACGACUUCUUGUCCAACAUAAACGAAUCCUCCAUCCUCCUCGGCUUCCACCCCAGUGAGCUACUCGACCAUUCCGUGGGAGGCAAGCUGCCCCUGACCAUCUACGAAAGCAACUGCGAAGUCGACGAUGCCUUCAAGACGGACAACGAAGGCGACAAGACCAUGGACGACGGCGAGUCCCAGCUCAAGCUAAAGUUCCGCGAGAUCCCUUACACGGUGGAGACGGGCGAAGCCGAGAUGAUCAGCAUGGACUUUGUCGCGAGCGGAAGCGGUAACGCCGCCCUCGUGGAACCGCCAAAGGCGGCGAAAUCCGCGGUCAAGGCUCCGACGAAACCACAGGACAAGAAGGGCAAGCAGAAGGCGGUCCUCGCGCCGGCAGAGUCCCCGGCGGACGCACUCCAUGGAGCAGACGAACAAGACGCCGUGGUCCUCUCCCCCGAGGAGGAGGAGAUGAUGGGCGCGCUGACGGCCAAGGCCAAUGCAACCAAGAUGCUGCACUCGCGCAUCCAGCUCAUCAUCCGCUAUCUCGAGAACUUGCCCCCUGCCUUCGUGUCCGGGGAGGACCCGGCGGCCGCCGCCACGUCACCCGAUCAAACGACCCCGUCCCACAGGAUCCUGCGGCAGAUCCAGGCGCUCGUGGGCCGGCUGGACCUCAUCGAACCCUCGGAUGUAGACGCCUUCCGGAAGGAGAUGCUCCAGGAACAGAACGAUGUCCAUCUCGUCUCGCUCCUCAACGAUAUGGUACAGAGUGUGCACCAAGUCCGGGACUUGGGCCGCAAGUUCGAAAUCGUCGAGACUGCCAAGAUCCGCGAACAACGGUCCAAGGCGGCGCAAUGGGAGGGAUCGGCAAUGGAGGGAUCGGGCAGUAAGGGCCCCGUUCAGGGUAUUGACAUUAUGAUGUAAUCUGGGGCAUAGGGAAAACGGCUUUGCCGGAAGAUUUAGCUGUGGCUAGGGCGAGCUUGACCGGCGUAUUGGUACGUCAGCAUAGCGCUCUAUCUAGUCUGGGACAGUGCCGAUGAAGGACCAGGAACUCGGGCAAUGACUGCAUGGCGUUAAGGGUAUUUUCAUGAGUGGACGUGAAGGGGAGGUUCAUGGGCUGAAAACAUGGUCUUGUUCGUUCGGUAGGACGGACGACAUCAGGAAUUUCCGGAGCGUGUUGCUACAGAAGCUGGCAUAAAGUGAGCAAGGUGCAGGGGCAGAGAUAAUGUUAGCCCUGCAAAACAUUCAUGAAACCUGAGCAUGCAAUGCAUAUCGCAGAAGCAUUGGAUCGUGACAAGAAUGUCAUAUCCUGUCGGAAAUGCGGAAUGCCAUGACUAUGGGUGUGUUGUCUAUACCCGGAGGUGCUCUAUAUAUAUUUUUUCUUAACUGGCGUCUAC